AUGAAGCCGCAGUCGAGAUCGGGGAGCGUCCAGAAAAUUUCAGAACAUCAUGAACGGAUGGAAGGCAUUGAAAUAAAGAGAAGGAAAUGUACUUUUAUGAAGGAAUACAUCAUUGACUACACGGCCAACUCUAACCUUCACGGUCUCAAGUAUAUUGGGGAGAAGGAGCGAACAAAAACAGAGAAGUUAUUUUGGUUGUUGGCAUUUAUUUGCUCCGUAGUUCUUUGCUCAUUUUUGAUCAGAAAUGUUUGGAGGAAAUGGAAUGAUAGUCCAGUUAUAGUAAGCUUCGCAGAAAACCCGACCCCUGUCUGGCAGAUUCCAUAUCCCGCUGUGACAGUUUGCUUGGAGACAAAAUCAAAAGUGUCUGUUUUUGAUUUUACCGACAAUUAUCAUCGGUAUAACGUCAGUGCAGACCGAGGCAAUAUGACAAAUCAGGAAAUCGAGUACUUUGAAGAUCUCACACUCGUAUGUGAUGACCAUCUCUCCAACUCCUACGGUAGGAAAUAUGGCAAUGGGAGUGUUUCUAUAGCAAAUCUCAAAAAAGUGGCUCCAAACUUAACCGAAGCCUUCUUUGGUUGUCAAUGGAAAGACGUACCAAUGAAAUCGUGUGAAAAUUUGUUUUCACCAAUUUUGACCGAAGAAGGGAUUUGCUUCACUUUCAACACUUUACGCGCUGACGAACUGUUCAAAAUGGAGAACUUGAAUAAUGACUAUAAAUAUCUGGAGCACAAUAACAAAGCAAUAUCUUGGAAUUUAGAAGACGGAUAUGCAGAAAAUACUCCUUUGGAAACUUAUCCGAAUAGGGGUUCAGGAAGCGGUGCCAAAUCUGGUUUAGUAUUUUUAAUGAAAACUAGAAUGAGCGACUUGGAUUAUCUCUGCCGCGGGCCCGUACAGGGAUUUAAGGUUUUGCUUCAUAAUCCGGCGGAGUUACCAAGGCUUACACAAAGCUAUUUCCGUUCAGGUUUAAACCAAGAAUUAGUUGUUGCUGUAAAACCAAAAAUGAUGACAACUUCAUCGGGUCUGAGGCCCUAUGACCCUGAAAGACGGCAAUGCUAUUUCCCAACUGAGCGAUACCUACGGUUCUACAAGGUGUACACUCAGUCAAAUUGCGAGUUUGAAUGUUUCACUAACUACACAUAUUCAAGAUGUGGUUGUGUCCACAUCAGUAUGCCACAUGAUCCUGAAAUGAAAGUUUGCAACACAGGAAGUAUGACGUGUGUUAAAAAGGUACAAAUGGAAUUGGUCGUAGUGGAAGUGGAGUCUUACCUUAAAAAGACAUUAGAUUCUGAGCUAACCAACGAAGCACGGAGGAUCGCUCAUAACUGCAAAUGCUUGCCAGCCUGUACCUCCAUCGAGUAUGAAGCCGAGAUAUCUAAAGCAGAUUACGACUGGAAAGACCAAGUCUUCAAGUCAGACUAUGUUGGAAUGGACGACGACUCCCAAUGUUCCCGAGUGGCAGUAUUCUUCAAGGAGCCGCAGUUCAUCACGUCCAGGCGCUCGGAGCUGUACGGCCAGACAGACUUCCUCGCUAACUGCGGCGGUCUGCUGGGGCUGUUCAUGGGCUUCUCUUUGCUCAGUUUGGCGGAAAUAUUGUACUUUUUGACAUUGAGAUUGGUAUGUGUAUUGUGGCGUCGCCGAAAAGUGCAUGGAAAUAAUCUGCCGAAGGCGAUAGACAACUUCGCCAGUGAAAAUGAAGACAAAGUCAAUGAAGUCUACUAA